UGAGAAAGUGCGGGAGGUGCAGGCAGUACAGAUUCGUGCUAUAUACGGCACUAUACGCGGCACUGUUCACGUCGUUUUGAUUAAAGAUGGAGGAGGAGACGAGUAAGGAGAAGUUCCUGUCUCGAAGACGUUCUGCCGCUCUGAAGGCCGUCACAGUCAAAGACGAGAGGGUGGCCACCCUCAAGAAGGUGGCAGCAAUAUUACAGAAAUCCGAGCUAGACAGAACAGCGGAGGAGACGGGAAUACUCGCCUCGUGCAGCGACGCGGUGAAAGAGGUUAACCUACGACAAGAAAAACGGGAUAAAAUUAAAGCAAGAUUGGAAGAAAUUGAAGAUGCACCCGAGAUUUUGGAAGAGAAAUGCAUGCGUUUGGCCGCAGCGAUUAGUAGAGCGACGUCGCUCGCGGUGUACACCGGUGCCGGUAUCAGUACGGCGGCAUCUAUACCAGAUUACAGGGGAACCAAUGGAGUCUGGACUCGCUUGCAGCAAGGAAAAGAUAUCGGGAAUCACGAUUUAAGUCAAGCCGAGCCAACGUUAACGCACAUGGCUCUUUACGCACUGUACAAGGCACGUGUCCUCAAGCACGUAGUCUCGCAGAACUGCGAUGGAUUACACUUGCGCAGCGGCAUCCCGCGCAAUCUCCUGUCCGAGGUGCACGGCAACAUGUACGUGGAAGUCUGCAGGGCAUGCAAGCCCUCCAGGGAGUAUUGGCGGCUUUUUGAUGUUACCGAGAAAACUGCGCGGUAUCAGCACGGCACGGGAAGAUUGUGCCACAGGUGUAACUCGAUGCUGCAAGACUCGAUCGUCCACUUCGGCGAGAGGGGUAAUCUACCUUGGCCGAUCAACUGGAACGGAGCGUCGAGGGCGGCGAAACAGGCGGACGUUAUACUAUGUUUAGGUUCUAGUCUGAAAGUUCUUAAGAAGUAUCCGUGGUUGUGGCAGAUGGACAGGCCCGUGCAGAAGAGGGCCUCCCUGUACAUCGUUAAUUUACAGUGGACUCCGAAAGACGAGAAUGCAGUAUUGAAAAUCAAUGGGAAAUGCGACGAAGUGAUGAAGAGGGUGAUGAGCCAUCUCGGGCUGGAAGUAACGCAGUACAACCGUCUGAAGGACCCCAUCUUCUUUCACGCGGUGAAGUUGCAGAACGGCGAACAGCUCACGACGACGCAGCCCUGCCUCGAAGAGCCGGCGGUGAAGAAGGAGCCUCUCAGUCAAAGUAGUGACGAGAAUGUUAAGUGCACGAUGCAGCAAACUGACGACAACGAGGACUGUGUGUCGCCCGCGAGCGUGACUAAUAUGACCGCUGCCUAUACCGCGCCGUUCUUCGCCGCGUUACCGUUUCUAUCGAUGGGCUUGCCAUUUCCCCCCAUAUACAUGUACCCUAACUUAAUGUCGUUAUCUUACUACCCCAUCGUGCAAGUACCGAACGCACCAGUGGAAGCGCCGAAGCCGAAGCCGGCGUGUUCGUUUUGCAUGGAGCACGAGGGCUCCCUUACCUGCCUGUACUACCAACGCGACGGAGACGCUCUCGAGCCGGCGAAGACUGAGAAUGAGCAGAAGCAAGAGGAAGGCGGGUUGGUGAUACGCGCGGACACUCCCAUAGCGUCUCCAAAGAAUCCGGGCUGGUUCGGUAAGGGAUACCGCAAGGGCAUGAAGAGGAAGCGGUAGCAUCUGCUGCAUACAAUCUGCGUGGCGUAUCCGCUCCGAUCCACUCCUCUUCUCGGGAUUACAAUAUAAUCUUAUACUGUACGAUGUAGCGACAUACGCAAGUAUUUAAAGCCUCCAUAUCGUAAGGGAAACUCGUGCAUAUUUUGUAGGUUUAUAGCGACUUGAUUCCAGUAUUCGAAGCUUUAACAAAUAGACUGAGAGAUUUUUCAAACGGUCCCUGAGUAAUAACGCAAACAAAGACAAUCCAUUACUUUAUCCACGUCAGAGAAUAGAUUAUCUUGCCUCGUCAAGCUUCCGGGAUUUUAAACUGUCCUUGUGUAAUUUCAAGAAUAGGGAAAAUGGGAUGCACAAAUUUGUCGGUUGGUCUACAGUUCAUUUAAGAAGUUACUUCCUUUUUAUAUUUUGACGACUGACUUAAUACUGACUUGACAUGAAACAUAAGCUGUUACUGCAUGAUGACAGUGCAGUCUGUCAUAAAAUCAUCUCUAGAACUUAAUACUUUUAAAGUUAAUCAUUUUGAAACCGUUGAAGUAGUUUGGUCAUCGUGAUAAAUUCCAUUUCGUCUAAGUGCACCUAUUUUCACAACAACAUAAAGUUUAAUUUGUAUCAUAAUAUAUGUUUUGUGGAAUCAAUUUUAAACAAUUUAUUAUUAUACUAGUAGGACGAGUGAAAAUUAAUAAUGAAAUGUUAGACAUCCCUUAUAAGUCAGUUUUAUGAUACUUUCAAGAAUAUCUAAUUUUUCUCAUGUUCGUGACAAUAUGUCAUAGGCUGGGACAAAUGUAAAAAUGAGACGAAUUUUACUCGAUGAAUUUAUUGAUAACAUAAAUAUUCAACGAAUGUCUUCGAAUGAGAUAUCGGUUAGAAAAUCUUUUAAUAAUUUCUAGAACAAUUAUUGAGAGACGAAAUUGUUCCUUUAUAUUUAUUGCUUUAUUUAUUAUUGUCCUUAUUUGAAUUAAUCAAAAGUAGCUUUGGUGUCUCAGUCUGUCGUGUUCGUAUUCGUAUUCCUGUAUAUUGAGCUCGUAUACUGUAAUACAUAAAAGUAGUGUUAUAUGUAUACUAAUUGUCGAGUAUAUUUUAAUAUUUAUAUAAUAUUUCUUUUAGAGAGGAUAUAUUUAGUGGAACAUAUAAAUAACGUAACAUCAUUAUCGUCCGAAAUAUUUUUAUAAAAUAGUUGAAAAUUAUUUCUUACUAUUCUAAAUUAUUGCCAUUGCGCACAUCACUUUUGUUACACAUAUCUAGUAGUUAGUAGUAUUUGUUUGAUAAAGAGAUAGACUCGGCAUUAACAAUAUGUGAAAUUCAAGAGAGAUUCGGCUGUGUGUAAACGUUACAACAAAAUUUAUUUAUUUAAUUUACGAAAUUUAAGGCAUUUGAUUAUUUAUCUCAAACGACAUAUUUUAUUCACAAAUAUAAAAAUAAAAUAUUUUAGAUAAUUAAAAUGCGCGCGCUAUCAGAUAUGACAACACUUUAACCAAGCGCCAAAUCUACCUUCAUAUUUUUAUGUUUUCUAAUAAUUUCGCGUGAUGUAUUCGCGAAUAUAUUUUAUUAAAAUUAUACAUCUCAGUUGUUGAUAUCUUAGAACCAGCUCAAUAUGCAUGCAAGAGGCGCACAUCGUGUAUAUAUUUCUAUUGAUGUAUUAUUUCGUUAUCAUAAUUGUUAUCCAUAUUUAUAGAAUUACUUUGAUUAAUCUUCUAUUGUCCUAACUAAUUUUUAGGAUUUAGAGGAACGCAUAAAGCAGGAAAGUAAAUCAAGUAAAAUAAAGAAUAGAAUUCUGAAAGGACGCAGAAAUGGGGUUUUCUUGUGGAACUAUAAUUUCAAAGUUAUGAUAAAUAGUUAACGAAGCAAUAAAAAAAAGACCACAAUUGUAAUUGAUGUGGAAUUUGUACAUGAAUUAGGCAAUAGAAGAUUAAACAUUUUAUUUAAAAUGUCGCAAGCGCAAUGUCGGCAAUUCUAAAAACAGCAAUAUACUAAUUAGAAAAUCGAUUUAUAAAUUAUAUAUGCGUGCCGUGUGAUAUGUUUUUUCUAUAAGAAUCUAGAUUUUCGUUCGAAAUUUUAUACAACAUAAUAAUAUAUAUUGGUCAUAUAUUAGUAAGAUGAAAAUGCUAGUUCGUAUUACAUAAUAAAUUGAAAUUUAAUGUGCGUAACCGUGUCAAAAGUGAUUUUAUCUCGUGAAUGAUCUGUCUGAGAUUUAUUUUCUAUAACAUGUGCAUUGAACGAACAAUAUGAAGCCAUGAAACAUAUUGAAGACUCGUUACACAUUACUACCAUUAUUAUGUCUUCUUCCGCUUUUCUCUUUUCUCUGAAAAAAUGCGUUUCUUGAUAUCGCUAACUAGGCCAAUAAAGUACCGCUCAUACAAUCAAA